UGGAAGCGUGCUCCUGGACGCAAACGGACGUUGGCCGUGCGACUUCCAUGCCAGCGUACGCAUACAGUCGUGGACGGUACUGCACACAGCGUUCCAAUCAGUCACGUCCACCAUGAUCGUGCUGCACUACCGGGACUAUGGGCUCAGCAGCCUCGAGGAACGCUCCUACCGCGGCGCACUCUGCAAGUUCGGCGUCGGCCUCACGCUGGCGUUCAUCGGUCUGACGGUCUGUUUUUCCCACCUGGUCGCCGGCGUGGUUUGCCUAUCUUGCGGCCUCAUCAUCUUAGCCAUUCCUGUCCAGUACCUUUCGCCCCAGGGGCCGUCCUCUCCGGCACCCUGCACAAGCCCUCUAAUCUUGAUGGACAAGCCGCCAGACCUACUCCUGGACCAGGUCCCCGUAGUCGCGCAACGCGAGCAGGCGGCGGAACAACCCUUCCAAAUGGCGACGGACAAGCCGCCACCUCCGCUGCUCAGACAGCAAGGCUUUUCCCAGGCGGACGACGACGAACCAAUCUACGGAGACGUCGACAAGAUGGAUAGCGUUAGCCUCGUCCAUCAGUACAUCGACAGGAUGGGCAGCCUAUCGACGGAGAGGGAGCCCAGUUGGCAUUCCCUCUAUCUUUCGUUGAGCGAAGAGCACGAGGCACACGACACCCAAGAGGACCGAGAGAAACGAUCAUGACGCCGGCUGUCCACGUGCUAGAAGACAGCAAGUGGCUAUUCGCUGCAAAUGUGUGGUGCUCUCAGACUUCCGGUGCAGCUAAACAAGGAAACCACAUGUUCCUAUAGGCUUCCUUCUAUAAUGUCUUCCGCAAAAUUUUGUACAGCGCUUGUUUUGUUAUCACUGAUUGCAGUGACGACCAUUAGCUGUCACAUCAUAAGUGUCGUACGUGCCGUACGCUCUAUCAUCAUAUCAUGUUUGAACGAGCUACUUGACAAAAUCUUCAAGCACCGUGUCUGCGUAUCUCGAUGUCUAUAGCUCGCUCACAAACUACAUUAUUUUAUCGUACGUGCGUGUGUUAUGCGUCUGACAUGUAUCUAUACACAAGAUGAGAGCUCAAAAUGUUUGAUUGAAUAAACAAAU